AUGUAUGCAUUGCCUACUAGUGCUGACCGUGACGGUCACCUGUGCGUACCGCCUGACCCGGGUAUAGAGCCUGCUGCUCUAGCUGCUGGUGCGGCUGCUGCUCUGGGUGCUAGUGUGUCUCCUGCUCCAGGUACAGGUGCGGCUGCUGCUCUAGGUGCUAGUGAGUCUGCUUCCUCAGGUGCGGGUGAGUCUGCUCUCUCAGGUACCGCGUCGGCUCCGGCCUCUCACACCUUCACCCUUGACUCGGGGGCUUCCCGCUCCUUCUUUCGAGACCGCACCACCCUCACGCCGCUUGGUCGGCCAGUUGCAGUCUCUCUGGCAGACCCCUCUGGGGGCCCUGUCCUUGCUCACUUCUCCACUGUCCUCCCGUGUCCGGCGGCCCCCUCUGGCACCCUGUCUGGUCUUUACCUCCCCUCGUUCUCUACGAACUUGGUGAGUGGUGCUGACCUGCAGGAUGCGGGGGUUCACGAGUUCACUCCUGCGAGUAAGCGAGUGACCCACUGCACAGACGCUCGAACAGCCCGACACCUGGCCACGUUUACUCGUCGGCCGGGGUCGAGCCUGUACACACUGACCACUACGUCUCCUCCAGUUACUGAGUCUGGUAGGGUAGCUGCGUCGGGUCAGGUGUUUGCUGCAGCGUCCAGGUCCGGUCCUGAGUCUGCCCCCUGUUCGUGUCGUCUCCUGUCUCACGAGACUCUCCUCUGGCACCACCGCCUUGGUCACCCCUCUCUGCUUUGGCUCAGAGGCAUGGCCUCUCGUCUUCUUGUUUCUGGUCUCCCCCGGUCCCUCCCUCCCCUUCCUCAGGGCCCUGGCCCUACCUGUGUCCCCUGUGUCGAGGGGCGCCAGCGUGCUGCCCCUCACUCCUCCCAGUUUCCUCCGACAGAGGCCCCGUUGCAGACGCUUCACAUCGACGUGUGGGGCCCAGCCCGCGUCCGUGGACAGGGUCACGAGCGCUACUUCCUGCUAGUUGUUGACGACUACUCGCGUUACACCGCAGUCUUUCCCAUGCGCAGCAAGGGUGAUGUCACUGAGGUGCUGAUCGACUGGAUCCGCGCAGCUCGUCUCCAGCUCAGGCAGAGCUUUGGCUCUGACUUUCCUGUUCUGCGUCUGCACUCGGACAGAGGCGGAGAGUUUUCCUCUGGCCUUCUGAGAGCCUACUGUCGCGCACGGGGCAUCCGACAGACCUUCACGCUUCCGGACUCUCCGCAGCAAAAUGGGAUUGCUGAGCGCCGCAUUGGCAUGGUCAUGGACGUCGCUCAUACGUCUAUGAUGCAUGCGGCUGCCCCCCAUUUUCUGUGGCCGUUUGCGGUGAGGUACGCGGCGCAUCAGAUCAACCUUCACCCCAGGGUCUCCAGGCCGGAGACCUCCCCAGCCUUGCUGUGGACGGGGAAGGUUGGCGAUGCGUCGGCGUUCCGGGUCUGGGGAUCUCGGGCGUUUGUCCGCGACUUGUCUGCGGACAAAUUGUCCCCUCGUGCUGCUCCUUGCGUCUUCCUCGGGUUCCCCCCUGACACGCCUGGGUGGCAGUUCUACCACCCCACCUCUCGCCGUGUUCUGUCCUCCCAGGACGUCACGUUUGACGAGUCGGUCCCCUACUACCGCCUCUUCCCCUACCGCACUCCGUCCCUCCCCCCGCCCCCGCUCUUCCUUGUACCAGGUCCCCCCCAGGUAGACCCCCUCCCCCCUCAGGGUCCUGCCCCUUCAGGUGUGUCCCAGGUAGACGCAGUCGAGCCUGUCGAGGUCACUGGUGACUCUGGUGCUGCUAGGGGUGCUGAGCCUGGGGGUGCUGAGCCUGGGGGUGCUACGCCUGGGGGUGCUGGGCUUGGGGGUGCUGGCCCUGGGGGUGCUGAGCCUGGGGGUGCUUUGCCUGGGGGUGCUGGACCUGGGGGUGCUGUGCCUGGAGGUGCUCCGCCUGGAGGUUCUCCGGGUGCUUCGUGUCGCCGGGAGCCACUCUCUCCACAGGAGCUGCGCGAGUGGUUUGCCCGCCGCUGGAGCCGUGCUGCUGGUGCUGGAGGUUCGUCGGCUACUGAGGGUGCUGCUGUCGCGGGUCCCGGAGGUGCUCGUCCUGGGAGUACUGGAGCUGCUGGGCCUGCAGGUUUGACUGGAGCUGGUGCUGCUGAGGGUGUUGGCGCUGAGACUACCACUGGCGGUCCUGCUGGGGGUGCUCCUGGUGCUGCUGGAGGUUCUGGAGCUGCUGGAGGUGCUGCUCGGGGUUCUGGAGCUGCUGGAGGUGCUGCUGGAGGUGCUGGAGCUGCUGGAGGUGCUGCUGGAGCGGGUACUCCUGCUGGGGGUCCUGGUGCUGUCCCUGCUGUUUCUGGCGUCGCCACACGGCCUCGUCCGUACUUCGUUCCACUCCUGCAGCAGGUUCUUGGUCUUACACCUUCUACUGGUCCUCCUCCUCCUCCCUUAGAGGGUCCACAGCCUGUCGAGUCACAGUCACAGCUACAGCCUGCCUCCCCUUUGCUUGCUCCUUCUCCCUACGCUGGUCCUACUGGAGGUCUUACUGAGCGUCGUGAGCCUGCGUCUCGUCCUGCGUCGCCUGUUCGUGCUACGCACGCUAGUGGUCGCGGUUCGCGUCAGCGUCCUCCUCCUGUCCCUGGCACGCACCGGAUGUCUCUACGUCCGUCCACUGCUCCUCUGCGUGCCCCUUUGCCUUCUCCUCCCGCGUCCUCUCUUCUUGCUCUUGCCGACCCGGAGUCGGACUCUAUUCGUGCUGCCAGUCCUACUGUCACGCGUCUCCUUGCUACUGCCGUCACUGACCCUUCUUUCGAGUCUACUGCUGCGUCUGCCCUUGUGACUGAGCUCGUCGACUUUGCUGCUCGCUGUCGCCUAGACUACGCUGCUAGUCUCGUCGCUGAGUCUGAGUCUGUCUGUCCUCCGUCCGUCAGGGGUGAGUGUGCCCUUGGCACGGACGUCCUUGAGGACAGGCAGGAGGAGUUCCAGUGUCUGGCCGCUGCUUCACCUCAUCUCGUGUCUGUACUGCUUACCCCUGAGGGAGACCCGGAUGCACUUGACAUCCCGACUCCGCGCUCUUACGCGGAGGCGAUAGAGGGUCCCUACUCCUCUCAGUGGCAGGCAGCUAUGGAUGCAGAGAUGGCUUCCUGGAAGUCCACAGGCACCUACGUUGACGCUGCCCCCCCUCCUGGGGCGAACAUCGUCAGUGGCAUGUGGAUCUUCAGGGUGAAGCGGCCGCCGGGUUCUCCGCCUGUCUUCAAGGCGCGUUACGUGGCUCGUGGCUUCAGUCAGCGGCAGGGAGUUGACUACUUUCAGACCUUCUCCCCUACCCCGAAGAUGACCACUCUUCGGGCGCCACGUGAGUGGCACGACACAUUGAGGACUACACUGGCGGCACUUGGGUUUGCUCCUUCUACUGCCGACCCGUCGCUGUUUCUGCGCACCGACACCUCUCUGCCGCCGUUCUACAUCCUCGUGUACGUCGACGACUUGGUCUUUGCCACAGCUGACACUACUGGACUCGCCUACGUGAAGUCCGAGCUGCAGAAGAGACACACGUGCACUGACCUGGGUGAACUGCGCAGAUACCUUGGCUUGCAGAUCACCCGGGACAGAGCACGCCGCACCAUUACCCUGACUCAGUCACACAUGGUGCAGCAGGUCCUUCAGCGCUUCGGCUUCACGUACUCCUCGCCUCAGGCCACUCCUCUGCCUACUCGCCACUCGCUCUCAGCUCUGCCUUCGGAUGAGUCCGUAGAGUCGAGUGGCCCGUAUCCAGAGCUUGUUGGCUGCCUCAUGUACCUGAUGACCUGCACACGACCUGACCUUGCAUACCCUCUUAGCAUUCUCGCACGCUAUGUUGCUCCUGGGAGACACCGACUAGAGCACAUGGCUGCAGCGAAGAGGGUGUUGCGCUACUUGUGCAGUACGUCGGGCAUGGGGCUAGUGCUUGGAGGGCGGAGUCCAGUGGUCCUCACUGGGCACGCGGACGCCUCUUGGGCUGACGACCAGGCUACGCAGCGGUCGUCACAGGGUUACACUUUUAGUCUUGGUUCCGGCUCUGUUUCGUGGCGGGCUACCCGCUCGUCUUCUGUUCUCGGCUCCAGUUGUGAGGCUGAGAUCUACGCCGGGGCUAUGGCUGCCCAGGAGCUUCGCUGGCUCACCUGCCUGCUGACUGACCUUGGAGAGUCGCCUCGUUCUCCUCCAGUUCUGUACGUAGACAACAAGGCCAUGCUGGCCUUGUGUCGAGAGCAGCGUCUGGAGCACAGAACGAAGCACAUUGCUCUCCGCUACUUUCUUGCUCGUGAGCUACAGCAGCGUGGACAGUUGCGGCUUGCGUACGUGGCCUCUGAGGCCAACACUGCUGAUGUCUUCACCAAGGCACUUGCGCCUUGUGAUCAUCAGCGCUUCUGCACUCAGCUGGGUCUUGUGCCUGUCUUGCCUCACUUGCUCACUUCUUGA